AUGGAUUACGCAGUGCGGAUGAACAUCCCGGUCGUGCUGGCACCGUUCGGGACGCGGCAGCGACUGCCGGUAUUGUCGCACGUGAUGCAGGCGGCGGCUGCGCACAACGUUGUAACCGUGGCUUCGGUCGCUGGCGAAGUCUACGGCCGUCUGGAGUGGCCGGCACUCUACGCACUUGAGGGUCCCGAGUUCGGCACCUUCGCAGUUGCCGGUCUCACCACAGACGGUGGCCUCCUCGCACAGGUACCCAAGGCCGCACAAGGCGUGCUCGCCGUCCCCGGCGAAAACAUCGUCGGACUGGGUAUACAUUCCUCCUACGGUAUCGGAUCCGGUAACGCCGCCGCCGCAGCCAUCGUCGCUGCCUUCGUCAGCAUGGCUCUCGCCCACCGCGAAACCACCUACGCAGAACUCCUUAACAAACUACAAAAAACACCCCCACCCUGGACAGGCACACCCAGCACAGGCACACCCGGCAUAGGCGCCGACGUCAUCAAGAUCAACGCCAUGACCUUCCUACAGUGA